UUGCGUUCCCUCAACUUGCUUCUGUUUUCUGGCCCAAAAAAAAACUUGCUUCUGUUUUAAUUUACCUCGUUACAUACGACUCUCACAUGCUCGCUUUACAUUAGAGCUCCUCUGCGAAGUGUCAUUUAUUUAUUGUGGUUUUCGGAUAUCACCCUCAGGGUAAAAAAAGAAGAUUCUAUUCAAAUUUUCUCGGAAAAUCGUCUGCGGUGCAUGAUCUUAAGCCCAUGAAUUCGAAGUGCGUGCAUAAAACGAAGAGAACCCUUGUUCCAGAGUGGAGUUAUGGACAUGCAUAAGUCUGGCGCGAAUGCAUUGUCAGCGAUACAUGACCCAGUGUUUCUUUCACGAGAAUGUUGCGUCAAUUUGGAUUUGGAAUCAGUCGAUCAACGCUUUGUUAAGAUCAUGCAAAACCAUCAGUGAAGCACUCCAAAUUCAAGCACAGGUCAUCGUCAAUGGCCGUCAUGACGAUUUGUUCGUCUUGAGCGGGCUGAUCUCAUUCUUCGCUUUGUCAGGAUCUAGAAAUGGCCUGCAUCAUUCUCGAGUUCUUUUUUCCCAAAUUAAUUUUCCAGAUGUAUUCAUAUGGAAUGCCAUGAUCAGGGGUUACUCUCUCAGUGAUGCACCUGAAGAUGCGAUAUUUCUCUACCAGUCAAUGCUUGAUGAAGCAGUUGAAUCGCCUAAUGAAUUUACCUUCCCUUUCCUACUGAAGUCCUGUGUCAGGUUGUCACGGCUGCAAAUAGGCCGUCAGGUUCAUUGCCACAUUUUAAAGAAUGGGUUCGGAUCAGAUAUCUAUAUUGCGAAUGCCUUGUUGCAUCUGUAUUGUGCUUUCAGAGAUACAAGGAAUGCCUGCCAUGUAUUUGAGGAAAGUCCUGUUAGAGACUCUGUUUCAUAUAACACUAUGAUUACUGGGUACGCACAAGCUGGUUUAGCUCGUUCUUCUCUUAAACUUUUCAAAAAAAUGCGGGAACUAUACAUCUCUCCUGAUGAGUAUACCAUUGUUGCUUUAUUAUCUGCUUGCUCAUCACUUGCUGAUCCUAUUGCUGGGAAGCAGAUACAUUGUUUAGCAUAUAUAAUCUUGGGUUCUAUAGGUAAAAAUAUUUUACUGGUGAAUACGCUUGUCGAUAUGUAUGCAAAAUGUGGGUGCCUAAAAAUAGCAGAAAGAGUUUUAAACACGAUGGGAACUAGCAAAAGUAUUGCAGCGUGGACUUCUGUGGUCGGUGGAUAUGCUCUGUGCGGAGAAAUUGAGGUCGCUAGGCGGGUUUUUGACCAAAUGGGUGAACAAGAUGUAGUUUCUUGUACAGUUAUGAUUAGCAGUUACUCUCGUGCUGGAUAUUUUCAGGAAGCAUUAGAAUUGUUUGUACAGCUGGAGGAUAUGGGGAGACAACUGGAUGUGAAAUCUGUAGUUGCUGCUCUUUCUGCAUGUACACGACUUGGUGCUCUGGAGUUGGGAAGAAGAAUUCACCUUAAAUAUGCUAAAAGUUGGUCAUUUGGUGAACACGGGGACUUCACUUCUGCUGCUGUUGAUAUGUAUGCAAAGUGCGGUGACAUAGAUACUGCAAUGGAUAUUUUCCGUAAAACACCUGACAAUCUGAAAACUACUCUCCUAUAUAAUUCCAUUAUCUCUGGUCUUGCUCAUCAUGGACUCGGUAAAACUGCUAUUACAAUUUUCCAAGAAAUGAAGUUGAUAGGAUUAAGGCCAAAUGAAAUAACAUUUGUAGCAAUCUUGAGUGCCUGUGGCCAUAGUGGUUUAGUUGAGGAAGGUGAGAAGUUGUUUGAAUCUAUGAUGACAAUCUACGGUAUCCACCCAAAAAUAGAGCAUUAUGGCUGUAUGGUAGAUCUUUUUGGGAGGGCUGGUUGCUUGAAUGAAGCAUAUGAUAUGAUUAAGAUCAUGCCAUGCAAGGCCAAUUCCGUGAUCUGGAGAGCACUUUUAGGUGCUUGCAAGAUCUAUGGAGACGUGGAACUGGCUAAAAUUGCUGGCCAAGAGCUUCUUGCGAUGGAACCUUACCAUGGAGCCCGUUAUGUGAUGUUAUCUAACAUGCUAGCCGAUAUGGAUCAGCAUGAAGAAGCUACUCGUGUGAGGGAACCAAUAGACGAUGUUGCCAUCCAGAAGCCACCUGGUUGGAGCUAUGUGGAACUGAAUGGAGCAAUUCAUAAGUUUCUGGCAAGCAAGAGGUCCCACCUCGAAGACAGAGCGACGGAGUUGAUGCUCAGGGAUGUGUACAUGGGACUGAAAUCUAUUGGGUAUAUUUUCAGUGCAUCAAAAAUGGUGUUUGAUAUAGAUUGAUAGGAGAUUAGCAACUUCUUUAUUUGAUGAAUUGGAUCGGAUCUUCGAAUCCAUAAUGCUCCUGAGUCCUGUCAACAUAUUCCUAACUAAUGGAUAUGUCUCCUGUGGUGCUUUGAAUCGUACAAUGUUGAAGUGCGACUGUGAAAGUAACAUUCUUCACACACACACACACACACACACUAGUUAUAAUAGAUAUA